AUGGGGGGGGACGACGACGCCGUUUCGGGCCCUUGUAUUCUCUUCCAACAGUUUUCUGGGACUCUCUCACCGUCUCUCUCUCUGACAGUGGUUAACUUUACAGGGGUACGAGAAACGAGGACGACUGGUCGUACCAACGCAACCUUCUCCGCGCGUCGUUUGAAAUUUGUAAGGACGACUCGUCGUUUGGAUCUAGCGGCAGCUGAUGGAAGUCCGUUGCUGCAACGCGCCAAGGCUGGCAGUUGA